GAUCCCGACGUAAACAUAGGACACGUCGCACUGCCCGGGGCGAGCAGCACUCAUCGACGGAGUACCUGUAGGAGGCCGCUCAAGCCAGGGAGUGGAUCACAGUGCACGGGAGGAGGCAGCAGCAGUAGUAGCACUACCAAAACCAUCAACAUCUGGCCAGUAAGAUGGCAGUUUGUAGCUGUGCAAGGGAGUGUGUGGGCAACAGGCCACCAGUGGUAGUGUUCACGGCAAGCAUUGCAGUGUUUGCCUUGGCCCUCGUUGGUGUCUCUCUCUACCUCCAGAGUCACAAAACUCACAUCUUGAACCCAGACAUUAAGGACUGGAACAGUUUCUUUACAACCCUGUCUGGCAUGGAGCUCUGUUUUCCCAAGGACUCUCCAUCCAAAUCCUCUCACUUAAUGAAGCGAGAGGUACCUCAAGACUUUGCCACCACGACCAUCCUGCCCGAAGCCAACACAACUGAGGAGGAGAACGUCACACUAAGCGUCCUGGCUGAUGUGCAGGUGGAAAGGGCUGGCCAGACCCUCUUUGGGGUGUAUCUACACUCCUCUCUUCCUGCCAAGCACUUAGGUUUUAAGAGAGACCCAAGUGCACUUGAUAUUACCAUAUCCCUAGUGCCCAAGAGUGCCAAGAAUUGGACAGCUUGUAUUAUGAUGUCAGGCCCAUCCAGACUUCUUCCAGACUCUCCCAUCAGGCCUGUUAACUGCACUAUACCCAAGAGCCCUUCUCCACCCCUAGAAGUGGAGUUGGGAAAGCCUUGGUUGGUGCAGGAGCCCUCUGAGUGGUGCAGUGCUGGGGUGGAUGGCAACCUUCUAGUAGCCCCGCAGCACGAGCUCAGUGUUUAUCUCUCUGAGGGGGAUGUGACAUUAAUCCAGAUUCACAUCCUGUACACCACCUGCCUGCUCUGUGUCAUGAUGUUGUUCCUUCUCUUCUACCUGGGCUGUGGCAAGCGGUGGACCUUCAAGAACAAGACGGUGGUACUGUCACCAGAUAAGGUACCAUUGCAUCCCUAGUUACCAAUGCACUGUGAAGAUGGUGGCAGCAUCAACCACUGCAGAAGAGACAACAGCAGCAGCACUGUGAAUAAAAUGGCAAGAGUCCCUGUGGACUUCCUGUUCCAGGUUGAUAUAGAAUAGCAGUAUAAAGUCUUGGUUAUUUAAUUUAUUAAUCAAUCAAAACACUGUAUCAUGCAUGCUUCUCUAUCUAUCUAUCUCUUUUCCUCUGAUGCCUUGUCCCCUCUGAGCAUUCUACCUAAAACAGUAAAUGUUGGUGUUUAUAUGAAUAUGAAAAUACAUACAUAUAGUGUUUUGUUUUAUAGUUAGUACCAAAAUUUUCAUGGCAGUGCUUUGGUUGAAAAUUUACUAGAAUAUACACCCCCCACACCCAACGCAACGCAACACACACACACACACACACACACACACACACACACACACACACACACACACACACACACACACACACACACACACACACACACACACACACACACACACACACACACACACACACACACACACACACACACACACACACACACACACACAAGCAUGAGGCUCACAACCCUGGAGAGAAGAAGAGAAAGAGGAGACCCGAUAGCGGUGUACAGGGUGGCGAGCGGGGUGGAGCAUUUGGACAGAGAGGACCUGUGUGUGUGGAAUGAGAGAGAAACGAGAGGACAUGGAAAGAAGUUGAGGGCGACCACGUGUAGGCGAGAUGUGAAAAUGUUUAGCUUCCCAAACAAGCAUUGAGCUCUGGAAUAGACUGGAGGAGGAGGUGGUUUGUGCAAGAAACAUUCAUGAUUUUAAGGAAAAGUUGGAUAAGAGCGGAUAUGGAGACGGGACAGUGCGAACGUAGCUCUUUUCCCGUAUGUCACAACUAGGUAAAUACACACACACACACACACACACACACACACACACGCACUGGUCUGGGAUUUUCCCCGGUUACUAUCCCCCCUUGAGCAAUGGGGUUGGGUGUGUAGGUUCUGGCAGUACUCAGAGAUUGACUAUAAUGAGCUUGCUCAGGUCAGGAGGGUACUUGCUGGUGAUGACGAGCCCAGCUUGUGAUCAGGCUGUGGGUGAAUCGCACACACACACACAAAGGCUGGAUGAAUGUAGAUAUGUUGACGGGACUUUAAGAGCUUAGCUCGGGCCCCGUAGACUACAAAUAGGUAAAUACACACACAAACACAAACACACACACACACACACACACACACACACACACACACACACACACACACACACACACACACACUGUUCACACAAUUCUGUGGGUAAUGGACUAACACUUGGCUUGUGAUACCAGCAGGCUGAGGUUAGCACCUUGCUCAGGCCAUGAAAUUUUUCCUCUGACAGAAGCAGUUACUGUCUCCCCUUUAGCAAGGGGGAUUGAAUGUAUGGUGUGUGAGAUCCUAGCUGUAUCCAUAGAUUUGUCAAUGAUAAGUUUUUAAGCUCUUUUGUGGAGGAUGCUGGCUGGCAAUUGCAAGUUUGGCACAUGAUCAUACAUGACACAUGCACACACAAUACAUUUGUAAUAUGUCAACAGAGAUAGCACUGUGCUGGUUGUUCAUGCACUUAGCUCUGUUGACCCUCCUGUUCACAGUCUGUUCUGCUGUGGCUAAAUCAUAGCCAAUCAGCUUACCUGAAUUAAUUUAAUUUCCUAAUUCAUUGUAAGGCCAUAUUUAUAAACUCAGGGCAAUAUUGAACCAAAAAGUGGGUAACAUUUUUAUAGUACAUUGAAGUUUAACACUUUUUUUUAUUGAACAA